GUAGGAGCGCUUCCGGGCCGUCACCUCCGCCUACUACCGCGGCGCCGUCGAUGCUCUUGUUGUCUACGACAUCACCCGCCAAACCACCUUCGACAGUGUCACCCGCUGACUCCAGGAGCUCUCCCUGCACUGCGAUACGACGGUGGGGAAGAUGCUGGUGGGGAACAAGUGCGACCUGGACGACAUACGCAAAGUGAGCAAAGAGGAAGGCAAGAGGGUGGUGGAAUGGAAGAGCAGGGUUUGUUUUUCAUGGAGACUUCUGUCCGGGAUUCCACCAACGUUGAGGCGGCGUUCGAAGUUGUAAUUCGAGAGAUUUUCAACAACCUCCGCCGAAAGGUUUUGAGCUCCGACUCCUCCAAGCCUGCCUUGAAUGUUGUCAACACGGUCUCCCUCCUCAACAAUGGUGCCGCCAAUCGCACUUCGUAUUGCUCCUACUCCUCUUGA